AGCCCCUGUCGCGAAGAACGCUGGGACGGCGACGGGAGGAAGUGCUGGACCUGCGGCGCAGCAGGUGGUAACAAUGCACAACAGCCGGGCCGGGCCACCGUCCGCGAAGGAUCGGAAGGUAAAUCUGAAUGGAAAUAGGAACGUCGAACAACGUGAUUUUCUUCGCUCGGUAUCCCGUGUGAGCAAGUAGAAGUAGACUAAUGACUUUGGCAAGAACGAGAACGUGAACGUCUGUCAAAUUAUUUCCGCGCAGAUAGGCGUUUUUUUAUCUUCAUUACUAUUGGUGUGCUAAAGAAUGUUAAAGCGUAAGCGCAUGAAUGUGCAUGAUCUUCGCGGCUCGUGUACAGAUCCAGCAAUUGGAAAAGGAGCUCGCGGCUCUGAAAGCCGCGCGCGCAUUGGAGGGAACGCCGGAGCAACACCGCGGCACGCCAGGAAAAAUACAAGUGCACCGUGCGCUGAAGAUGCAAGGCGGUAUAUCAUGUCUGUAGUUGAUACAACAUAGCUUUUUUUGUUAUGCUGAUCGAUAUACUCGUCUAACUCUUUUAUCAUCAUGAUCGUGAUCAUGACUGUCACCUCCUUUGGACGAAGUCUAGUAUCGUUUUCGAAGAAGGAAAGAACAGGAACUGUUAUAGAGCAGGCUUCUAGUUGUACGCAGUUAGUACACCUCUGAAGAAGUCUCUGCAGCCAGUUGCUCUUGCCAGCAGCGUGUCGAGGAAGGGAAAAUUCCGAAUCAACGUCGCAAACCUACCUCUGACAGGCCCGCGGCUCUCAUCUUGUCUUCAAUCGCCCCUAGGUGUGAUGUUGUCCGCGGAUCUUCAAAAUGUGGACCACUUGUCGGCUUUGACCGCCGCCGCGCCACCAGGCCUCUCGCCGGUUGGCACCGCCUCAAAGUUAUGCAUUGCAAAAGUAUAAUCGCAUUUGUAGUAAUUGCGAAUAUAAUGCAUGGAAAAUCUCUUUCCGAUGCUAAAACAGCACUACAAAUCUCCUUUUUCAUGCUGCGCUAGUUUGUAAUGCAAUUCAUACGAGUGCGAUAUUUUUGCAAUGGAUAGAAGUGCAUGGAAAACUUGAUCCGCGAAUACCAGGGACCGAACGUCGGGAGACAAAGUUUUUGUACAGCGAAGCAGGCUGCUCCUGGUACAACAGCUGGUGCCGCGACAGGCAACAAGGACAAGGACGGCAAAAAUAAGACGACAGAUGCUGGAGAUGCUCCUGAACAUGAUCAGCAUGUCGAAAGUAUCAAAACCGCUUCUUCACCCGACCUCCCUCUCCGCACGGAGCUCCUUCGGCAGAACAGAGACCUGCUCACCCCUGAACUGCCUCCGAAGAAGGUUCACCUCCACCGCGGUACUGCUGCGUCGCCGACUCCGGCGCAGCUGUCCACAGUGGUGCCCGGGACCACACACAGUGGCGAAGUUGACGACUCAGGGCUGUGCAACGCUUCCAGCCUCUCGCUGUCGCCUCAUCAGCAGCCGGCGUUGGUAGUUUCGUCUUCUGUAGUUCUUGGGCACGAGGAAGGAGAACCGAAAGCAACUGCGGAUACUUGUACCAUGGUCGCGGAAGGAGAGCAGACUGAGGGAAAAACGCCGAAGAUCUCGUCGAAGCUACAGAGUGAGGGGCUGGUGGUGGAGACGAAUGAAAAUAUCGAGACGACCUCAGUUGCAACAUCUUCCGUCGUUGAUAAUGGCGAACGACUUGUUGAGAAGGUGCACCCACACAAUGCAACUCGUUCUUCUACUGCCCAAGAGGACAAAGACGCCGCUUCUGUGGAAAAUAAACAAACUCCACUGCGACCACUGGGAGAUGAAGACAAACCACAAGAACAUUCUGGUGCUGAAAGAACCCCAACAGCACACACUGGCGCAGCGGAACGGAUGCUAUCUGCAGGAGCGGGAGCUACUGGACAUGAUGAACCCAUUCCCGCGUUGUCGCCCCACCUACCUGCAGAUGAGUCCUUGCUGCUGGAAUCGCCCGAUGCAAAAACCACUAUCGCGACCUCCCCACAAGUGCAAUGCGAGGACCUGGAGGAAAAAGAUGCUGAGAGUCACGUGGUCCACAACCCAACCUCCUCUUGUACGAAAACCGUAGCUGCUCCAUUGGUAGGGACAAACACUGUGGACCACGACGUCACUUCAUCGUAUGCAGCGAUGCUGGGGGGCUGCGGCAAGGGAAACAACCCAAGCGAUUCGCAGUUCGAUCAGGAUAACUACCUCCAACAUGAACAAGAUCAACACCCAGCGGCCGUCCUCGAGAAUGAGAAUAUGAUGCAAGAAGAAGUAAUAUUAACUACGACCACCAACUACUACGGGUUUGUGCGCGCCCGGUCGAAAGACCUUCUGAUGGUGGAUGGGACCACCGAAGUUGAUUUGCUGUACGAAGCCAUCGAGGAUUUGAGUUUCCAGCACCGCGCGCUGCCGACGGAAAAGGUGCUGCAAAACUACUUGCUGCACAAGAUGCAGAAGCGGGCACUCGAGAAAUUGCGGAAGGAGGAAGCGGAAAGGAAUGCAAUGCCAAUGGAGAGUUCUGUUACUUGUUCUGAAGAUGAUGUUCGUGAUGUCGAAGAGAUCAAAUGCAAAUCCACUGCUCUAUGUCUAUCUGCGACAGAGGAAGCGGAAGUACACCAGGAAGAGAAAAAUAGUACCGAAAGAACGACGGAAGAACCAGCACAGACGCCGCCGUCUUCAGAUGAAGCAGGAAUUAGUAGUACAACAGCCACUACCACAGCAAACAAAAUUCCAGAAAUGGCUGCGUGGACGACGUCCAUUGCGGAGGUCGGAGAGCGGGCGGCGAGCCUGAUCACUCAUUGUAUGGACAUCGUGGACGGGGUUUUGGUCGGGCAUUUCAGCGUCGCCUACGACGCGACAGUGCGGCAACGGGUGGUCGCGCACGAUCGGAAACUGAAGGACUUUCAAGGUAUUGACAAGUUCAAGUAGAAAAUUUGUCGUAGUUUUCAUGUCGUGCUGGUUGGUAGACGGGGAGAAGAGAAGACGCAGGGCCCUCUCCAGCUUUUGUAUGUUGGCAUUUCUUCUCCAGUGAUGACAUGUGUAAAUGUCCGUACUUAGAUCUACUUCCCCAGGGCGGAGUCUACUUUCGUUGCAGAAGUGAUAAGUGAAUAACGUUCUUGUGACCACCCCUGGUUUCUGGAUCGUGAUUGAUAGCUAAUAUACCAACGCCCUUACGUCUCGUCACAGGUUAUAUCGACGUGGACUCCAAAGACAAUCCCUACGACGAGGCGCUGUGGCAAAAGUUCAAAAAGGCUUUGCAGCUUGUCUCGCGAGCGCAAGAAGCCUCCGUGUUUAUAAAGAGAGGUAGAUACACUAACACUUGAUUGUAGUCUACUUCCUGUCUCAUGUAGUCGUGUUGAGGUUAAGUUUUCAGAAACUCGAUGAUAGAUUGAUGCGGCCAAACCAUUGGUAUUUGUAUUGCAAGAAAUAUUUUUUUUACACGAAUCUUCUACCCCAGACACGCGGUUCCUGAUGGUAUUGCGCGUUGCCGAGGAGAUGCAACACCCCUGCGCGGGCGAGGUGUGCCACAUGCUGAAUCUGUUUUUGGGAGACGCCCUUGAAGAGGAAGACACGAAGGCCGAGCGGGUAGACGCCCUGGACGAACAAAUGAUGGGGGCUCAGCCUUGCAGCAGCGAUGGUAGAAAAGAAAAAUACAUGAUACUGGUGAUUGAAAUUGAAAUUGACUAUUGUCUCGUCCCACGACCUCGUUUUCGACGGACUUACGUGGUGCUGGAUACAUAGUGAAGGCGGUGGGUGUGAUCCACCGUCGAUGAAAAUAAAGCGAUGUGAGGUCGUGAUCAUACAAGAUUCUCUCCCCACUCAAUACAACAGCAGCCCCGGCUAUGAUUUCUCCUCCGUCCUCAGACCGUGCGGUCGCCUCUCCACCGCCCCUCGCAGCCCUGACCACGCCCCCGCGCUGCGUCAGCAAGGAUGCAAGUGAGGACGGCAGGUCGUCAAGAAACACGGACAACUCCUCGCUCGGGGAACCAGCCUACGCGUACGCUACUCCCGAUUCGGUGGCGGGCAAGAACAGCCUGAUGUCCGAGCAAGAAUCAAAUUCAUCUGAGCAACAAUAUAGUACAAAGACCAGUGGGAAGAAGAUGGACAACGAGAACGCCGCUGCAAGCACCACCUCGCAACGCACACCUUCGGCACUUCCAGGCCCUGGGCGGCUAUCGUACAAUGCAAAAGCCGCGGGAUCUAGUACAACUUCAACUUCUACUACGCAAAAUAAGUUUCUCCACAAGAAAGAAUCCAGUCUUUCGCGGGCGACUUCUCUACCAACGGCGUACUCCUACUCACCCGGUGGAAAAACAGGUGGAGCAACUACCGAGAACAGCAGCGGGGCGGCGGUUCUUCCCUGCGGCGUGGUACAGCAGGGACUUCAUCUGCAGGGACAGAAAUCGAGCCAAACCGGUGCUGGCGUAGAAGUUGACCUGGAGCUCCUCAACGCGUCAAUGCGUGUGUUGCUGCUGCGCUACCCGGAGGGCAUUCCGCUGUCCCAGGUGUCGCAAAAACUUCGCCUGCACACCGAGUUCAAGCAUGCGGCGUCGUUUCCCGACCACGAACUGGUCUGGCAUCUGAAGCAGAUGAAAGGUAUCUGUGCGGUCGACGCAACACGAAACUGGGUCACGACGGCGAGGGUCCAGUGAAGAAUUACAAUUUGGCAGGACGAGUUUGUUUUGUUAGCAUGAUAUUGUGUUUGUGUUUUUUAUUUUCGUUUGUUCAUGGUGAAUUACGUUAUGUUUCAAGAUUUAGAUUUUUCUGCUGCGGCCCUCAACUGAUUUCGAAGAAAAUCGUAUUAAUGAAUGGAUGCUCUUUGAGUGAGUAGUAUUUUUCUUUUGGGUAUCGAUUUUUGUGACCGUCAAUUCAGCUCUAGCUUCUACACAUUUUUUUUUUUCAUUUUGUUUGUUCUAUUGAAAACCACUUUUCAUGUAGCUUUCCUGUUGUAUCUGUUUGUUUUCAAUGCAAUUUAAGCAGAGAAUGCAUCCGGGCAUAGCAGGUGUUGCUUUCUUUUCGCGCUACGAGUUUAUUUGCACCAAAUGCAAAACCACACUGGUACUAUGCCCAUCAUCUCACAGCAUUUCUAAAAAUCGCAGUUUUCAUCUUGGAUUUUAUUUUCUGCGAAUGCAAUUAACAGCAGUUGUUGGUGUUACCUGGUUGGCUGCAAGACGUACUCGUAUCAUUUUUCUAUGCUCGAAAAGUGCCGACGUUGAU